AAAAAAUUUCAAAAAUUUUAUUCAUUUAAACGCUCAACCUCAAGUGCAUACAUUUUCAAAAUCAAUCAUUUUUAAUAACGAUUCGAAUUUAUAGUUACAAAACAUGCGUGAAUUAAUGAAAAUAUUCGGACAACGGUACAGUGCUGUGAACACAAAUGAUUCAAAUUGUGAUAAUGGAAGUAAUCCACAGAAUCCAACGGAUACACAUGAAAAGUUUCGCAAAAGUUUACAAACAAAACGGACAUUGUCGCGAGGACUGUCGUUAGUUGAUACGGUUUUCUUCAAGCAGAAAUCGGAGAAGGGACCAAAAUGGCCAAAAGGUGUUUUUCUGUUAAUGGCCGGCGGCCUGUUAGCGAUAUUUUCAGCAAUUGUUAUGUAUAUAGUACAGCCAUAUGAUGCAAUUUUUAAAUGGAAACUAAUUUUCGGUGACGAUGGCGAAAUUUUCAAUCUUUGGCAAAAUCCACCGGUUGAUUUAUACAUCAAAAUUUAUCUGUUCAACAUUACAAAUGCGGAAGAGUUCAUGCGAGGCGAUGAAAAAAUGAAAGUUGAAGAAAUUGGACCAUAUGUUUACAGGGAAAUGCUUUUGCAUGACGAAGUGGUGUUCAAUACGAACGGCACCAUUUCAAUGGUACCAAAGCAUCCGUUGGUGUGGAGCGAAGAAUUAUCGAUGGGUAAUCGAGAGGAUGACGUUUUCAUGUUACCAAAUAUAGCCUUACUGAGUAUUGCUCAAGUAACAGCGGAAAAACCAUACUUCUUUCGGCUGCCAAUUAAUUUGGUGAUAAGACAAACAGAUUCUCAACCAAUUGUUCGAAUGACCGCCAAGGAAUUCAUGUUUGGCUAUGAGAGUCCGUUGACCACAUUGGGAAAUAAAUUUAUGCCGGAUUGGAUUUACUUUGAAAAAGUUGGCUUAAUCGACAGAAUGUACGAUUUCGAUGGUGAUUUUGAAACGAUAUACACCGGUGAAACCGACUCAAGCAUAUCAGGGCUUAUUGACACAUAUAAAGGUUCCGAAAAUUUGAAACAAUGGAAAGGUCCACAUUGUAGCAACAUUAACAUGGCAUCGGAUGGCACGAAAUUCAAGAGUUUCAUCGAACCGAAUGAUACGUUACGGUUUUUCCGAAAAAGUAUGUGCAGAGCUCAAACAUUGUAUCGAGUUGGCGAAGAAAAAACCAUCGGAUCGCUGACGGCAUUCAAGUAUAUGUUCGAAGAGAACGCUAUGGACAAUGGGCACUUCGAUGAACGGAAUAAAUGUUUCUGCAGAGAUGGUACAUGUCUGCCGUACGGCUUGUUGGAUGUAUCGGACUGUUAUUAUGGAUUUCCGAUAGCGCUCAGCUAUCCCCAUUUCUUGGACUGUGACGAAUCGGUCGAUGAUAACAUUAUCGGAACUAAGCCAAAUCGAUCGCUGCAUGAAACGUAUUUUAUGAUUCAACCGAAAUCAGGACUGCCAUUGAGCUUGUCGGUUAAAUUACAAAUUAAUAUGGCAAUGAGAGACAUCAGUAACAUGGCGCAUGUUGAACGGUUCUCAAACAUUGUGGUGCCGAUGCUGUGGUUUGAAAUUACGAUGCCACACCUUCCCGAAGCAUUGGAGAACCGCUUCGAUCUGUACCUAAAUAUUCUACCCAUUGUCGAUUGGAUCGGUCAGUUGGCGUGUUUCGUUGUGGGUCUAUGCCAGUUAACAAUAGCCAUAGUGAAAGUAUCGAUGAGCUUAUCAAAAUCGAUCCAAUCGAAUAACAAAAUGCAGCAAAAAUAUCCAAAUAUCCAAAAAUAUCUGGGCAAGAGCGAUGCAAAAGUGUAUGAAAUGACCGAAACGUAUAUCAUCGAGAAUGACGGUCUGUGCGACAUUAAUUUGGACGAAGAAAAAAAUUAUAUGUUGGAAGAGGAGCCCGCAUUGUCCGAAGACGAAGACAUCGAUAGUGACACAAAGAGUUUGUCCUACGAGGAAGACGAAACGGAUGGAUCGUUAAAACUGAUAAACGAAAACGAUGCAUUCGACAAUCAUCUGUCCAGCCAUACAACACCGGAACUGCUGCGACGAGAUAGUUGCCAACUGGGCGUUACAUCGUCGUCGAUCGAUGAUAUAAAUAACGAACGUUUCUGUGAACUGCACAUUGACGAAGAGGAUCUGUGCAAAUCGAUCAACGGUUUGGAUGCCCUUGAUAAUUUGGUGUAACCGUUUUGAUUUGGUUGAUAGGCGGAAUAAUGACGAGUCAAAGUGUAUAAAGGAUUUUGUUAAGCUUUAAAAAAAAACAUUUUUUUUAGGUAAAUUAAGUGGUUUAAAAGAGGAUAAAAUGUGUCUUGAUAAUGUGUUUGUUUGUAUGGAAUGAUGGCGUAGUUGGUAAGGAUUAUAUUUUAUUUUUAUAACCUUGAACGAUGGGAACGUGCAGCUGAUUGUGUGUUUUUUAUUGAAUAUAUUGAGCAGCUGAUUUAAAUCGAAAUAUUUUCUUCGACUGAGCUCUUUAAAGUAUUAAAAAUGUCGAAGAACUCGAAUACUUGUUCAGAGUUAAACCUUUCACAGACGGCAAGCAUGAAACCACCUUCACGUAUAUUCAAUGUAUAUAAACACCGAAAGCAGUGUCAUAUUUAGCUUCUUUAAUGCCAAGCACAAUUUUUUAUUUUGCGCCACUGGCGAGGUUGGUCUAUACCACUAGCUCAAGGCUACUUCCGCCUCAAAAUAUGCAAAUACUCUAGGAGGAAAGUCAGGUGCUUAACUGAUAUAUCUCGCCUAAAUGUAGGCUAGACAUGUGCACACGACAGACUUGCGCUGCACACGAAAUUACCCGAAACUUGGUUUCCGUGUGUUUUUGCGGAUACCUUCAGGGUUUAUGUACUUUGGUAUAUGUUGUAGCAUCAUCGUAUACACCUGUUGAAAAUAAUAGGACCAAACAACAGACUUGAUAUUAUCCUACUCAGUGAUAUGUUUGCCGUCAGUAAAAGGUUUAAAAAAAUAAAAUUGAAAACAGAGUGAACAUCCGCUGAAAAAAUCUGAUUUACCAUGAAACUGGCACCCGGCUGUCUAUCAAUAAAUUGUGAAUUUUUAUCAUCACAACGAUUUGCUUGAAUAAAAAAAAUGCAAAUUUGACAUCCUAUUGGCCAGUGCUUUUUUCAUGUCGAUUUCUUCUCGAUUUUAAGAUAUUUUUAGCGGAAAUUUUAUUCUUUGUUUGAUUUGAAAAAAAAAAAUGUUUUAGGCAACAGCCGCACAAUAAUCAGCUCUCAUGUUCUUUAUCGACGACAAAACUGGUUUCGAUUAACUUAUUUUUAGUAUCACAUUUUAUGCGCGAAGCAUAAAUGAAUUUUGCUUAUCAUAUUUCCCGUAAGUUAUUAACUUUAUUGGCUUCUAAAACACUAAGGAAACUCUCGACGAUAUUUAUAUUUAAGAAAAAAAAAAAAAACAAUUCAACACCAGAAUAUAGUGAUCUGAUCAGUAAAUCUCAUGUUCAUUUCAGUAAUUCGGUUGUAGAUGUUACGUAAUCACAUGGAGGCAUCACUGUUUAGCGUUUAAAACUUUUAUGAUACGAAAGAAUUUCAAAAGACCCGCACUGCGACUUAUUUAUUUGAUUUGUGGUUUUAGAUUUAGUUUAGGAAAUGAAGCGAAAUUAAAUUUUGUCAACUCCCUGCCUAUUUUACCAGAAUUUAUUUUGUUUGUCCUUUGUUGUUGAAAGUAUUAUUCAAAAUUUUAUUAAGACAGCUGGCUAAUUCGAUACAAAUUUACAUAAACAUGGAACCUGUUGAUGUUCUUAAAAUUAUAAUUUACUCAUCGAAUCGAUUACCACACCAUUUUCACCCCAUUCUCACUUAUAUGUCUCUAUUAAACGCAUCCGUGACAUGAGUCAUUAGAAUGCGUUAAAUAGAGACUUAAGUAAGAUGUGUAAAUGUUGUGUAAUUGCCGUGUUAAAAGCCAAAACACCGUAUCGAAUUUGUGCCUUUGUUUCUAAAGAGCUUUCGAGAACUUUAAGCUUCUUUUGCAUUCCAGAAAUAUUCCAUUUUUCCGACGGUAACUAAAUGGAAUACAAAACUAAGGUCAAAGCUUUUAAAAGCUCAGCAGACGAACAAUGCGAUAUGAUGUUUUUGCUUAACAUUGCAGUGUAGUAAUUUCUUUCAAUGGGUUGAAAUCACUAGAGUAGAUGUGACAUGAACAAAAUUUUCCCUCGAAAUUUUCUUUUUAUUUAAAAAGUCAUUUUAGUAUUUAAGAGUUAGGAUGUGAGCAUAACAUUGUUUCGUGCAGAGAGAGGUUCAUUCUUAAUUAUUAUUUUAGAAAGUAGAAUAUAGAUUUUCGUACAUUAAAGUUAUGUUUGUAUACAAAAAGGUUGUUGUUAUGGGGAACGAAAUGACCACAUUGUGAUAUUAAUUUUUCAUAAAAUAAAUUAAUUAUUUUUUGUUUGACAUGUCUAGAUUUAAGUGUCCAUUUUUAUGAAAUAAAAACUUUUCAAUUUCUUAA